AGAAGGAGCAUGACCGGAAGUGGAGUGAGCGGAAGUGGUAAACGUCGACUGUUAUCGUUAGCUUUGUGAUUCGUAAACAAGCAUCAUAGGAAAUACCAGCGACGUACAGGAGAAGAGCCAUGACGCGCCACGGGAAGAACUGCACGGCCGGAGCGGUGUACACGUACCACGAGAAGAGGAAGGACACGGUGGCGUCUGGUUACGGCACGCAGAGCAUCCGGCUGGGCAAAGACGCCAUCAAGGACUUCGACUGCUGCUGCCUGUCCCUGCAGCCCUGUCAGAACCCAGUGAUGACCUUAGACGGGUUCCUGUAUGAGAAACAGGCCAUCCUGGAAUACAUUCUGCACCAGAAGACUGAGAUUGCCAAAAGAAUGAAGGCGUUUGAGAAGCAGAAGCAGACGCAGAGGAGCGACAGCCGCCUGGAGUCCAAGUCCGAGGAGAGGGAGCGCGUGGAGCGGUUCAAGGUCCAGGAGAACAGCAUCGUGUCCAAGCCCAUCAACCCCUUCACAUCUGGCCUGAUCCCCGGAGCGGAGGCCUCCAGGCCUGAGGGCGGUGCAGCAGAGCCCUCCUCUGGCUCCGUGGCGUCCUGCAGCCAGAGCCUGCCCAGCUUCUGGAUCCCCUCCCUGACCCCCCAGUCCAAGCCCACCCUGCUCAAGAAGCCAGUGAGUCAACGACCCGCCGCCCGCGGUCAGAGUGUUUCCUCUCUGAUCCACGAGUCACUUUGACAUGAACGCUCUUUGUGGUUGAUCCUGAACACAACACGCUCUGUGUGCAGAGGACACACCUGCUGGUCACUAUUUACACGUGUGUGUGUGUGUGGCCCUCUCUGUUUGAUGUUGACCUUUAGAGCCUGACUGUGUAAACUGGUCGAUCUCAGCUCGUCUCCUCCAGGCUGAA